AAAAAAACCCGAAUCCAUAAGAAAGUUUGGAAACCCGUACACCUAUAUCUAGGCAGGAAUAUUUAUUAAGAAAGAAAAUAGAAGCUAGAAAAGAAGCUCGAGUUAUUUGGUGCUGAGGAGAAAAAAAGUAAAAUAUGACGGCUAAAAAUGUGUAGUAUUCCUAUUUGUUGCACUUCACAUGGAUCAAACUUCAUAAGAAUACUUAGAGUCACUACAUGCAUAUGAAAUUCUGAGAAAACUGACCUAAAUUUGAUGUUGUGCGAAGUCGUAUAUUGGAGACCAGGGUUAUACCAUCUUUAAUGGAAAUCUGUUAGGUCGAAGGCCAUGAACAAUACACUUGUGACACCAACAAAUUCUGCUACUUUCAAAACAUCAGACCCUGUCCAUGAUAAACAAAACAGUAAGCCAGCCCCAGUGUGUGAACAUUGCAAGAAACCCUGGCACACGAAAGAUCAGUGUUGGAAGCUCCAUGGUUGUCCGUCAAAUGGUAAGAAAUGACAGUCAAGCCAGGCAUUAGUAGGUGAAUCAGUAACUGAAAAUACACAACCUUAGAUCAGGAAACCAUUCAGAGCACUUCUAUUACAGUUGGAAUAAGUAUAAUCUCCCAAUCAGGUACUUUCAACUCCUUUGACUUUGUGAGUAUAACUAAUGAUAAAUCAUGGAUAUUAGAUUCAGGAGCCACAGACCACUUGACUGGUUCCUCCGAUCAAUCUCUUAUCAGCCUAGUGCUAGAAAUGAAAGGAUCAGGACCGCAGGUUUAAUCCUCCAAGAUGUGUAAUGUCGUGUUAUCUUCUCACCUGAUGCUGCUGUUUUUCUGGAUCUGAACUCGAGGAUGACGGUUGAUACUGUCCGACAUGACAGGGGACUCUAUUUUCUCAUUGAAUAAGCCUCAUUUAGGAUAUGUGAUAAGGCUUGUUUGUUUUCAUCUCAUUUUUCUAUUUCUGAAAUUGACUAUAUGUUAUGGCACUAUCACCUUGGUCAUCCUAAUUUUCAGUAUAUGAAUUGUUUGUUUCCUCAUCUUUUUCAUAAUAUUAAUAUUUCUAAGUUAAAAUGCGAUGUGUGUGUCCAAGCCAAACAGCCUCGUGUUUCUUUCAAGCCUCAACCUUAUAAACCUUCUAAAACAUUCACCAUUUUCCAUAACCAUGUCUGGGGUCCGUCUCCUGUUACUGCCAUCACUGGGAAGCGAUGGUUUGUAACCUUCAUUGAUGAUCAUACUGGGCUAACCUGGGUUUUCCUUCUGACAGACAAAUCCAAAGUUACAUCGGUCUUUCAAUAAUCCUACAAUUUUAUAGCAACUCAGUUCAAUGUCAAAAUCGCUAUUCUUUGCAGUGAUAAUGGUCAAGAAUACCUUAAUCCUUAAGAGAGUUCCUAAUCUCAAAAGGAAUAGUCCAUCAGAGUUCCUGUGCAUACACCCCUCAACCAAUUGUAGUGGUCAAAUGGAAAGACUAUCACCUAGUCGAAGUUGCUCGAUCUCUUAUGUUGUCAACUUCCAUUCCUUCUUAUUUAUGGGGUGAUGCUAUCUUAACAGCAGCCCAUCUAAUAAAUCGAAUGUCGUCCCAAGCUUUAAAAUUUCAAACCCCCUUAGAUUCUUUUAAAGAGUCCUACCCAAAUACCCGACUUCUUUCUGUUGUACCCAUCCGAGAUUUUGGCUGUGUUAUGUUUGUCCAUACUCAUGGUCCUAACCAAACCAAGUUUACCCCUCGGGCUCAAAAAUGUAUCUUUGUGGGGUACCCACUUCAUCAGCAUGGGUACAAGUGUUAUCAUCCCUCUUCUAAAAAAAUACUUUACUUUGUCUCGAUAAAUGGGCAUUCUUCAAAGAUCAUCCAUUCUUUUCCCAAUGGCUCUCUUCAAGGGGAGAAUACUAGUGAAGAAACCAAUUGGGGUCCGAGUCUAUCUGUCUUCCUUGAACCCAUCCUUGACAUCAGUACCAAUGAAUCCAUUCGCCCGACCAAACAAGUCCCAUGGAUCACAUAUUAUAGGAGGAAUCUUAGGAAGGAAAUGGCGCCGUCUGUUAUUUCUUUGGCAACGAAGAUCAGUUCCAGGUACUAAUAGUCCUAUCCCUGAUCAUGAUAAUGAAUGUGAUAAAACUGAUGCUUGUGUUGAAAAUAUUGAGAGCAACAACAGGGAAGACAAUGACAGUAAAGAUGUAAUCGAAGCAGAAAAUGAUGAUUGUGAGACACUUGUUCCAGCAAAGAAUGUUGUUCAACCUGGAAAAGAAAUGUCUCCCGCUCCCGCUGAAAACAUCGUUGAAAGUGGGAAAAUGACAGAACAUGGGACGUUUGAGCAGGAGGGUGAGUGCAGUAUGAAGCCCAAAGAAAGUAAAGAUAGAAAUGUAUCCCUUGACCUCUCGAUUGCCCUAAGGAAAGGUACCAGAUCAUGUACAAAAUAUCCAUUGCAAAGUUACUUGUCCUACAGCAACCUGUCUCCUGAGUUCAAGGCCCUCACUACAAAUCUAGACACAGUGGUGAUACCAAACAGUAUACACACAGCAUUGGAAAGCCGCAGUCAUGGAAGAAAUUGUGGCUCUCGAGAAAAAUCAUACGUGAGACCAGGUCACUCUGAGACACUUGUUCCAGCAAAGAAUGUUGUUCAACCUGGAAAAGAAAUGUCUCCCGCUCCCACUGAAAACAUCGUUGAAAGUGGGAAAAUGACAGAACAUGGGACGUUUGAGCAGGAAGGUGAAUGCAGUAUGAAGCCCAAAGAAAGUAAAGAUAGAAAUGUAUCCCUUGACCUCUUGAUUGCCCUAAGGAAAGGUACCAGAUCAUGUACAAAAUAUCCAUUGCAAAGUUACUUGUCCUACAGCAACCUGUCUCCGUUCAAGGCCCUCACUACAAAUCUAAACACAGUGGUGAUACCAAACAGUAUACACACAGCAUUGGAAAGCCGCAGUCAUGGAAGAAAUUGUGGCUCUCGAGAAAAAUCAUACGUGAGACCAAGUCACUCUUCCAAAUGGUCAUAAAGCAGUCGAAUGUAAAUAGGUGUUCACAAUAAAGUAUUGUUCUUGAUCGGUACAAGACCAGAUUAGUUUCCAGGGGCUUUACUCAAAACUUUCGAGGUUGAUUAUUUUGAGACUUUUCAUCAGUCGCAAAGCUAAACACAGUACGGGUUCUGCUUGCCAUUGCAAUUAAUAAAGAUUAACCCCUUCACCAGCUUGAUGUGAAGAAUGCCUUUCUCAACGAAGAGUUGGAGGAAAAAGUCUACAUAAGUCCUCCCCCAGGAUUUGAGAAACAGUUUAACACCGGGUUUGCAGACUAAGGAAGUCCUUGUAUGGGCUAAAACAGUCCUAAGGUUCUGGUUUGACAGGUUUACUACGUUUGUAAAGUCACAAUCAGAUCAUACUAUCUUCACUAAAAGGUCAGUAUCCGGAAAAAUUACAGUUUUAAUUGUUUAUGUUAAUGACAUUGUCAUUUCAGGAGAUAAUACCUCAGAGAUUAACCGAUUAAAGACGAAGAUGGCUAAGGAAUUCAAAAUCAAGGACCUUGGGAGACUAAGGUACUUCCUUGGAAUGGAAGUAGCUCGAUCGAAAGAAGGGGUUUCAGUUUCCCAACGGAGGUAUGACAGGCUGUAAACCAGUUGACACUCCUAUAGAAGCAAAUGCAAAGUUAAGUGAUAUGAGUGAAGGUGUUCCAGUUAGCAAAGAAAGAUAUCAACAGCUUGCUGGGAAAUUAAUAUAUCUCUCUCAUACUAGGCCCAACAUUUCAUAUGUAGUGAGUAUGGUAAGUCAAUUUAUGCAGUCUCCAUACGAAGAACAUAUGAGGGCAGUGGAACGCAUUUUGAGAUAUCUGAAAACUUCUCCAGGGAAAGGCUUGAUGUUUAGGAAAGUUGAAAGGCGAUGCAUCGACACAUACACAGAUGCAGAUUGGGCCGGGUCUGUAGUAGACAGAAAGUCAACAUCAAGAUAUUGUACCUUUGUGUGUUAGGUAACCUUGUCACAUGGAUGAAUAAAAGACAAGGUGGUGUUGCCAGAAGUAGUGUCGAAGCUGAGUACAAGACCAUGAAUCUAGGAAUCUGUGAAGAAAUUUGGCUUGAAAAAGUUUUUAGAGACCUUCACCAAGAUCAUACCAGUCCAUUGAAACUCUAUUGUGAUAACAAAACCACAAUAAGCAUAGCAAAUAACCUAAUUCAACAUGAUAGAACAAAGCAUGUGGAGAUUGAUCGGCAUUUCAUCAAGGAAAGACUUAAUAGUGGCAACAUUUGUGCUCCUUAUAUUCCUUCCAACCAACAGAUUACAGAUGUCCUGACAAAGGGACUGCCCAAACAGUUAUUUGACUCGUGUGUGAGCAAGUUGGGUCUUAUUGACAUUUACGCCCCAACUUGAGGGGGAGUGUUAAAAUUAAGGUUUUUUUUACUCUAAGGGCAUUUUUGUCUUUAUACUUGUAUCCUAAGGUUCCCCUUUUGUCUAUUUAAACUGGUAGUCACUAUGUAUUUUGUGUAUCAAUCAUAUAAUAAAAAUUCCUUCUUCCCGUAGUUUUUUCUCCCCGAUUAGGGUUUUCCACGUAAACCUUACGUGUGCUAUUUUUCUCUCUACUCUAUAUUUUUCAUCAAUUUCCCCUUCUUAUAAUAGAAGCAUAUCAAGAUUUAAGAACUUCAAAAAGUUCUACUUUGACAAUUCUGAUUUGCGAAGCUCUUCUAUAAGUUGAGCAUUCUAAUUAACUAUCAUUGGUCUCAAUCACUAAUAAGAAGUCAACGCAAAUCCCAUGUUAGAAUACUGCUAAAAAAAUAGGGUGUAUUAAUCAAAGCUCCUUCCCAAAUACUUCUCAUCGAAAAGAAAUUACAAGGUAAAUGGAAAAAAAAAACAAAUACAUAUUUCAAGAUACUUAAUUCCACCAAUCUUUCUCGUCAAUAGACAUCUCAUCUCAUAUUUUAAAUAUUUAGACUCCACGUAACCUUUUUAAUUACAGUACUGUGUUAGGCUCUUUGGUUAUCCUUUUGAAAGCUUCUGGGUAUGCAUCCUUCUUCUAAUAUCAUUCCUUAUGUAGGCUCGACCCAAGGCCUCCAAAAAGCAUCUUAUAUGAUCCUUAAAUAAAAAGGCGAUAAGUAUCUUUCCUCAAUUACCUGGUUAGUCAUAAAAGUCAACCCCACUGGCCACUAUCUUCUCUAAUCCAAAGUGACUGGCCACUAUCUUCUCUAAUCCAAAGUUAUAGACACAGAUGAGAUUUUCAAUGAACAAAUUACUCAAGAGCUCUCAUUGAAGAAUAAAUAAAUCAUUCCCCUAAUUAUAAUAUUUUUUACUCCAAAAUGAUCAUACUUCCUAGUAGAAACACUAUCAACAACUAUUCUCGUCAUGAAGUUGAUGAUAAUACAAGAAUGAUAGGCACCGAUUCAAACGAAAAUUGUGAGUCUAAUACUACUUGUUGCCAAAAGAAAAGAAAACAUGAUACCGUAUAGAAAAUCAUCCUCACAUUAAAUUUAAACUUUAAACUAAAAUUUAACCCACUGAAUUAUCCACUAAAUGUUUUCAUUCAUUAACAAACCUAGAAAACACAUAACUCGGUGAAAAUUAAAUGUUAAUAUGGGAGGAAAAUUUUCAAAUCUAUUGCGUGCGAAGGCAAUGUUUUAUCUAAACUAAUUAGUGUUUUCGUCCAUAUUUAAGAAGCUUCAUCUGGUUUUAGUUAAUUACUAUAUUUCAGUUCCAUUAAGAAGCUUUAUUUGGUUCUAAUUCCUCAAUUGUUAGGUAUUAUCAGUUUGUUUCCUUUUAAGUUUUGAUUCUGGAUUGUCCUUGUUUUGAGUAAUGGAAUAAGGAUAUGUUGGACUAUCGACAAGCUUAGCAUCUUUUGAGAAUUGCAUUUUCUUCAUCUGGUUAUGCCCCUCUCUCUCUCUCUCUUUCUGUCAUACACACAUUGGUUUGAAAAUUCAUGGUAGAUUCUCUCCUGCAUUUCUUCGAGCAAGUUAGAGAUAAGAGUGGUACAAUUCAGUCAUGAAAGCAAAGGUCUUUGGGUUGGAGUGCAAUAUGUGUUGUAUGGUCAUAUACUAGAGGUAGGAAACUUCUCAAACUUCCUACGGAGUCUUCUAAACGAGAAGGCUCACUUUCUGGGAUAUGAUAAGAGAUUUUCUCAAGUAUGAAGGAAAAAGUUGCCAAGUUUAACAUCUUAAAGUAUCAUCAUAUCGGUUUUAAUUCUUUCCUUCAUUAAUCUUCAAGUUUCUAAGGUUCCUGUUAAAAUCUCCUCGUUAACCCUUCACAAAAGCUAUGUUGAGCUUGUAAGAGGAAAUAUAGUCAAAGGAUUCUCUAGUAAAGUAUUCUAUAUCAUCUUCCCUCGGAAAAUUCUGAAACUUCAAUUUCUUCUCAUUCAUAAUCAUAUCAGGUGGAAGGAACAUGAAGCGGUCAGUUUCUAUGUAGUAGUAGUAGCUAUAGAUUAUUUGCUCACGAUAAUUGGAUAAGAAUUAGCUUAACAUCUUUAUAAUGAGUUUUUCCAUCAUUGUGCUGCUCGCGAUAAUUGAAAAGGAACAAAGAUGGCACGGGUUGAGCAUUUCAAAAGCAGUUUUCAAUUUAAUCCGUGCUCUGAGCUCUGCUUAGAUUAGAGAAUGAGAAAACCCCUAUUGUUCAGGUUCUAAGCCUGGUUGGAAUCUGGAAGCCAAAAGAUCCUUUUCACUUGAAGCUCGGAAAUGGUUAAAUGACAAGCACACCAAAUUUUAUCAAAUCCUUUGGCAGUUGGAUAUCCAUUAAGAACUUCCUGUUAAAAUACUGGGAACGUAAAACUUUUGAAGUUAUUGGAACUUGGAGCCGGCUUGUUAAUAUUUUGAAAGGCCUCCAAUUGUGCUUACAUACACUAGAAAGGCUCAAAUGCUUAGCUAAUGUGCCAAGGGUUCAUGUGAGACUAUUAGUGCGUGAAAGUACAAUUUAGAGUGUGGAAUGUUUUUGUAGGGGUUUUUCCGAUAUGGCCAAUAUGUCAGAUCGAAGACGGGUAGAUGUCUCAAAUAGCCGGGCAUUGACAUUAUCUCUUUAUUUCUCCUGAAUAACCAAUAGAAUAAUGUUUGGGAAAGCAUAAUUCCUUUGUGUUUUCCAGCUCCAAUCAAUAUAAAGAGAGGAACAUGGGCAGUUCUCUAAAAUUUUAUGAUAAAGCAAUAAUCAACCAAUCAACUCCUCCAAUCUUGUUUUAAAAUUUAAAUUUAGUAGUGAUGACUUUUCAAAUUCCUUUCAUGUUCUUCGAAUUAGCAUGAUGCUAGAAGAUGAAUGAUUGUCUUCACAUCCUCAAUAAGAAAUGUUGGCCAAGAUCAGCACAAAUUCCCGUUAAGGACAGUCUUCUAAGGAUGUAUGGUAAUGGAAUUUCAAGGUGGGUAAAAGUCCAUGGAACUUUUAGCCUUCUCCCAUUCCAGACCACUCCAUAUUCCAUUGCAUCGAUGAAGCCUGCAUUGGAUUUAUUGAUCAAGGAUUGCAAGACCAACCACAUUUAGAGUAGAAAAAUCAGUGUGAUAAAAAAAA